UUAUUAUCAAUAGGUUAAUUCCUUGUCCAGUCAGUCUGUGGUGGUGGAGGGUCCAUUAUUGGAAGGUCAUUUGAAUCUUAUUGUUGAGCUGCUGACGUUUUCCUCAAUUGAAGAGAGACACAGUUUAGGGAGUAAACCAGGAGGAAUGAACCUCAUACCUAACCUCAUCAAUCAUUUCUUGUUCCCUGCAUCAAGAUUAGUGAAGAAACUAAAGACUACACCUGAUCUACAGUACAAUGAUGAGUUAGCCAGUGGUAUAUGCUCCAGUCCUGACAGUAUUCAAGCUUGUUAUAAACUAUUGAAUGCACUGUGUGUUGGAGUGAAGGAGAACAUUGAAAUACUCAGUGAACUAAUCUCUGAUAUAUUCUACAAUGAUGAGCCUCCGUUGGUGGAGUGGGAGUAUUAUCCUCACGUUGGUCCUCGGCCCACUAGAGGGUAUGUGGGACUGAAGAAUGCUGGAGCAACCUGCUAUAUGAACGCUGUACUACAACAAUUGUACAUGAUCUCUCCAGUCAGAAAUGGUGUCCUCUCACUAUCAGAGCCAGCAGUGCAGUUGAUUAAUGAAACUGACAAAACAGAACAAGACAAUAAAGGAAAAUCAGUAGAUGGUCCAUUGGUCCCUGCUAGCACUGAUAGAAAAGAGACACACAUUAAGGUACUGAUGCAACUACAGACCAUAUUUGGACAUCUACUGGAAGGGAAGGUUCAAUUCUAUGUACCCAAAGGAUUCUGGAAGGACUUCAGGUUGGAGGGUCAGCAGGUCAACCUCAGAGAGCAGCAUGAUGCCUUUGAGUUCUUCAAUACACUAGUGGACAGUGUAGACGAGGGACUCAAGGCUUAUAAUGCCACACCAAUCAUCAGUCAAGUACUGGGAGGAUCCUUCGCUGAUCAGAAGAUAUGUAAAGGAUGCCCUCACAGGUUUUCUCGUGAAGAGCCCUUCACUGCUAUUAAUGUUGACAUCAGGUUACAUCAUAACCUGUUUGAGUCUCUUGAUUCAUAUGUGAAAGGAGACCUACUGGAAGGAGCUAAUGCUUACAGGUGUGAGAUAUGUAACAAAGAGGUUGAUACUGUUAAGAGGAUGUGUAUCAAUAAGUUACCUCAAGUACUGGUCAUUCAACUGAAGAGAUUUGACUAUGACUGGGAGAGAGAGAUGGCUAUUAAGUUCAAUGAUUAUUUUGAGUUUCCAAAAGAGUUUGACCUAUCACCGUACACUGCAGCAGGACUGGCUGAAAUAGAAGGUGAGAGGAUACCAUUCACUACCACCAACACUGACACUAAGAAAGAAGGAGGAGGAGGAGGAGGAGGAGGAGUGAAGGGUGAAGGAGCUGAUAAUGAUGACCCUUCAAUGAGUACUAAGUACAGACUAAGGGGGAUACUGGUACACAGUGGGCAGGCUAGUGGAGGACACUAUUACUCUUUUAUUAACGUCAAGCCUCCUGGUUCCGAUCAAGCUAAGUGGUUCAAGUUUGAUGAUGGAGAUGUAUCUGAAGCUAAAAUGGAGGACGAGGAAGAGUUUAGAAAUCAAACAUUUGGAGGUGAUUACACUGGAGAGGUGUAUGACCAUGUACUCAAGAAGAGUCAUCAAAGGCGUCAGAAGAGAUGGUGGAGUGCCUACCUUCUGUUCUAUGAUAGAAUAAGGAAAGAUGGAACUGAUCUAACUAGUGGAGAUGAUUCAUCUUGUUCUGUUCCCAGUCCAAUCAUGAAAUUAGUUCAAAAACAGAAUUUAGACUAUCUACACAUCAAGUCUCAUUUCUCCAUACCUUACUACCAGUUCAUGAAACAAUUAUUAAUCAUUAAUUACAAUUUUGCAAAGACACAAAUUGAUGCCAACAAUCCUAACGAACCAAUGGUAAGAAUUAAUGUAUCUACACAAUCAAUACAUGGAUCAAAAAAUAGACAGCAUUUGCUAAGACUGGGUGUCCCUGCUCAGUUCAUUGCUCUAUCAUUAGAUGAGGGACCUGGCCCAGCCCUCAGGUCUCCUUAUGCUGAUAUCUCUCGUCUUUAUUCUGUUGUCAGUGUCUUAGUGAGGUCUUGUGAUGUGUCUAUUAUACAGAGGAGCUCCAAAGAAGGUACUGAGGUAUUACCUAAUCCUUAUGCUGAUCCUGAGUUGUGUGAGAAACUAUCAAAUGAUCUUCUACACUGGCUCUAUGAGAGAACUAGUAUCCAGCAGAGUACUACUUAUGUUAAGAAACUGAUUGAGGACAAUAGUCCGAUUGAGGAGACACUCCGCUUCUUAGGGUUUUGCUCGUGGGAAAAUUGGGAAUUUUCGGCUGUCGUGAUAGCAGACCUGCUAAUGGAGAUUGCUACAGUGCAACCUUUUGAUAUGAGACCUUAUCUUGAUCUACUGUACCACCUACUAACAAUGGCAGACUCAUGGCAGCACACCAGAAUAAGAGCAAUGUUCUUAGGUCUACAGGAUAGAGUGGAUGGGAUGAUGACGAUGAUACAACACGGACAGACUCAUGUGGUACAGCAGAAAAGAGCUUAUCUCUGUAUCAAGUUUAUUAUUAACUUAUGCUCAAGGUGUCAGUUGACAAUGGUGGUGUUAGAUGAGGAUGUUCAUUUGAAGAGGUUGUGGCAGUUCUCAAUCCAAUGGCUACAGAAUGAGCUUGACAGAAGACAAUACACCACAUCAACUUACCCAUACACUGGAUGGUCACCUCCUGCACAGUCCAAUGAAGUAUCUAACAGUUAUUUCCUUGAGAGGUCCAACAGUGCUAAGAUGACAUUAAGUAGAGCAAGAGAACUGUUUCCUAUUGAAGUUGAGCAGUUUGAGUCCAAUAUAGAAUCAACAGAGACCAGUUUUGAUCAGUCGUCAAGUUUAUUAGAAAAAGAUAAUAAUUCUUCUCUCCCCAUUGAGGGGGAGGUAGGGGGUCCUGAGACUACUGAAAUUAUUGAUUUUGAGGGGGAGAGAGGGGGGCAGGGGGAGGAGGGACAAACUGAUUUAACAGAAAAUAAAAUGGUCCACACUGACUUAGACUAAUAAUAUUAUUAAACUUAUUUAAAAGUAACUUUUAGUGAGGGA